CUCCUGCGUUGACGCGGCCGCUGGGACCGGAACAGCGCUUGCUCUCAAUCCUCGUUCACCGCCCCACGCCCCAGUUCCAGCCACGUGGUGGGCGGGCAGGGGCGGUUCUGACCCCGCGACCUCGCAGCACCUUGAAUCCCGGCCACACUCCGGGGUGGGUGCUGAGAAGCAAACAGAGGCUCAAGACCAGGACAGAGCGAAGUGGGGGAUCCCGGAGAAAGCUCUCCACACGCAGUGCCAUGGACAGCAAGAGUCCUGAGGGCGAGCACCCUUCGGUGACGCUCUUUCGCCAGUACCUGCGUAUCCCCACUGUCCAGCCUGAGCCUGACUAUGGGGCUGCUGUGGCCUUCCUUGAGGAGAGAGCCCAUCAGCUGGGCCUGGACUGUCAGAAAGUGGAGGUGGCACCUGGCCAUGUGGUGACUGUGCUGACCUGGCCAGGCACCAACCCUAUGCUCCCCUCCCUCUUGCUCAACUCCCACAUGGAUGUGGUGCCUGUCUUCCAGGAGUACUGGACUCAUGAUCCCUUUGAGGCCUUUAAGGACGCUGAGGGCUACAUCUACGCCAGGGGUGCCCAGGACAUGAAGUGUGUCAGCAUCCAGUACCUGGAGGCUGUGAGGAGGCUGAAGGCCGAAGGCCACCGUUUCCCCAGAACUAUCCAUAUGACCUUUGUGCCAGAUGAGGAGGUCGGGGGCCACCGAGGGAUGGAGCUGUUUGUGCAGCGGCCCGAGUUCCGGGCCCUGAAGGCUGGCUUCGCCUUGGAUGAGGGCCUGGCCAACCCCACUGACGCCUUCACUGUCUUUUACAGUGAGCGGAGCCCUUGGUGGGUGCAGAUCACAUGCACCGGGAAGCCUGGCCAUGGCUCGCGCUUCAUCGAGGACACAGCAGCAGAGAAGCUGCACAAGGUUGUGAGCUCCAUCUUGGCCUUCCGAGAGAAGGAGAAGCAGAGGCUGCAGUCAAAUCCCCACCUGAAGCUGGGCGCCGUGACCUCUGUGAAUCUGACUAAGCUAGAGGGUGGCGUGGCCUAUAACGUGGUCCCUGCUACCAUGAGCGCCAGCUUUGACUUCCGCUUGGCACCUGAUGUGGACUUGAAGGCUUUCGAGGAGCAGCUGCAGGGCUGGUGCCAGGCAGCUGGCGAGGGGAUCACCUUUGAGUUUGCUCAGAAGUGGAUGGAGCCCAGAAUCACAGGUACUGACAACUCGGACCCGUGGUGGGCGGCAUUUAGUGGAGUCUGCAAGGACAUGAACCUCACUUUGGAGCCUGAGAUCUUCUCUGCCGCCACCGACAGCCGCUAUCUCCGUGCGGUGGGGGUCCCAGCCCUGGGCUUCUCGCCCAUGAACCGCACACCCGUGCUACUGCACGACCACGAUGAACGGCUGCAUGAGGCCGUGUUCCUCCGUGGGAUUGACAUAUACACCCGCCUGCUGCCUGCCCUGGCCAGCGUGCCUGCCCUGCCCCACAACAGCUGAGCCCCAUGCUCCCCACGUCUACCCAGACCAGUGCCAAGGACCCAACAAUAAAGUCAGAGUGGAGACAGGGGCGGCCUCUAGACUAUUAACAGUGAGGACAUUGGCUUCUCUGGGGAGAUGGUGUGUUCCACUCAUUUCACAGCUCUGUGCCCCACAACCAGCACUCCCAUCUGCUACCACUCAGUCACCACUCAGGUGUGUCUGCCCAGCCACAAGCGCCCACAUUCCUAUUCUCAGUGGCCAUCAUGCUCACAUCUGGCCUGCGAGGAGCACCAAGACGAGGGCCUCAGGGAGCCAGCCCUGGCUUUCAGGGGCACAUUCGACAUCCUGAGACAAAAGGACCAGAACCAGAUGUUGGGCAGGCAGAAUGACAGCUAGCAAGGCAUGACAAUUGGCACUUGUCAAACCCACAGACAGGAAGGUGUGGCCCCUGCUUUGGUGUUGGGAGCAGGGAGUUAGAGAGAGGCAGGGACCCUGGUAGGCUGGGUCAGUUUAUCAGGGUCCCUAGCACCCUAUCCAGGGCAUGGGGCAGUGUGUGCAGAAAGGCCCAGGAGUUGAGCUUCAGUCGGCUGGCCUUACGAGGUCCCCAGGCAGCUGUGGCCCAGGAGCUGAGCCUGUUCCUCCAGCUGGUCUGGUCUAAUCUGGUCCUGACCUCCGUGAGCACGGGGCAGGGUGGGCCAGCAGGGCUGUUUUGAAGUUCCUUGGUCAGAGGGGAAGUCCUGGGCUUGGAUCUGUGAACUGCAGGCUUAGUACUAAUAGGACUAAUAGUAAUUCUUAUCCCUGGCUCAUGGACUUCUAACAAGGAGCCUUCCCUUUCAGGGGCUCCAUCUUUACUGAACCCUGACACCAGCCUCCCAUGUAACACAGGUGCCAUCACAAGCCCCAUUUUACAGACAGAGCAGCUGAAGCUCAGAACAGUAACUUGCCCAAGGUUACACAGCUUGGAGGUGGUGAUUUGAGACUCAAGCUUUUGAUCCUGGGGACUUUGGUUCCUUCCUUUGCACAGGGCAAGCUCCAUGUGGAAGCUGGAGGAAACUGAGGGUCAAGAUAUUAGGAAAACUUAGUUGAAGCCUCUGACCUUGGGAUUGGGGUCUGGCCACACAGGAGCUCCAUGAAGGGACCGCUUCUCCCUCAGGGCGGAAUGACUAAGCAAGCUCCCUGUCCAAGGUGCCAGCUCUGGAAACCCUUCUCCCUCCGGCUACUGAAAACAGUGGGCCAGGGUACAAAGUUGGCUCUUUCAAGACUCAACCUUCCAUCUGACACCCCCUGGGGAAGGGCAGUUGACCACCCACAGUGGGUACCAGUCUCAGUCAAGAGCUAGCAGGACUGCAGCCCCAGCCUUGGUUGGGCAAAUUACUUAAGCUUCCUGGGGCCCUACUUUGACUGCCUGGGUUGAAAUGAACAGGUUUCCCCGCCUGUAAAACAAAGGUAAGAUAAAUCGCUACUUCAGCCCUAAGGGGACCAUAUACCAGGGACUGCCUGUCAUCCUGGCACCCAAGUUUGGAUUAUACAUCACAUGACCACCAUACUCAAAGGCUGCCUAUGAGGAUUAACUGUGCCUAGGGACAGUGCUCCACCAGAUGCCUUCUACAGGAAGGCACCACAAAUACCUGUUACUCCAAGACCCUACAGUUGAAGCAGCUGGUCAGGAGGCACAGCAUGUGACCUGUACAGUAUCUCAUGAGGGCACCAUGAGGGUGUCUCCUAGGCUUUGGCCCAUUCAUGCCAGAAAGGCAGUGCCAUCACUUUAGGGGCCCAGAGAGUGGACCCUUGCCAGGUGCACCAGAAACAGCCUAAGCCUAGAACCUGUCAGGCUAAAGUACAGAAAUCUCGAGUAGGGCCCUUCCACCUCCUCUGGGCACGCUUCAAGACUUAACAAGGGCAUCUGGGAUUUCUUCCUGUUUUCAGCAGUCUGCCCAGUCCAACCAGCAGGCUCCAUUUCUCACUGAUUAGGUUCCUCCUCUUGCACUCCAGGGCCAUGAGUCUCACCCAGCCACAUCCAACCACACAUUCAGAGAAGGCUAAACUCUUCUCAUACAAAUGGAGGCACUACUCCUCAUCCCCAGCACCACAGACACAAGCAGACUGACAACAGCUCCUGCCUCAAGGUUUAUUUGUACAAACUGCACAGGAGGACACCAGCCCCAUGCAGAUGGCAGCCCAGGGGUCACACCACUCCUUCUGUCCUCAAACGGAGAACUCUACUCUGAAGCCUUUGUGGGGGCCUGGGCACCUUUGGGAGCCUGAGCUGGAGCCGGAUCUUGAAUGGAGGCCUGGGCUGGAGCUUCGGCCUUACUUUGAGCCUUGGCUUUGGACUUUGGCCGGCAGAGCCUGAGACCCUUGGCAAUGCGAGCCCGAGCACGCUUCCCAAGCUUGGGAUGGGCAAUGUAGGCUAGACGACUAAGCUUGCGGUUUACGCCCCUUGGGAUCUUGGGCUUGACCU